AUGUCUUCAAAUUAUAUUUGUUUCUCUGUAAUUCCCUCUCUUUCUUACUGCUAUUUCUUCUCUGCCAAAAUCCCAAAAGGUAUUCCAAGGCUAAUUUCACUUCUCCCCAUUUUUUACCUCUUCACAAUCCUCCCACUUUACUUUUCUUCUGCAUUUCUCACAGUAAUCACCACUUUCUCCAUUACAUGGCUUGCCAUCUUCAAGCUCGUACUCUUCGCUUUCGAUCAAGGUCCGUUAAUUAACAAUGCAUCCAAUCCGAAAAUCAUAUCACUCCCCGUUUUCAUUUCCAUAGCCGCUCUACCUCUCAGAACUACCUUUACCCCGAACCAAAACAGAAAAAACCCGAUGAAUUCAGCUGUACAACUUGUCAUAUUCGCUGUAAUCAUGGAGAUUAUUCUUCAUCACAAAAAUGAAAUUCAUCCAAAAUUAGUGUUGAUUUUCUACAGUGUGAUGAUUUUCCUUAUGAUUGAUAUACUAAUUGCGUUGUCUUCUCUUGUCGUUAAGAAUUUUCUGUGUUUAGACAUAGAAAUUGAAUCACCAUCGAAUGAACCUUAUUUCUCAACUUCGCUACAGGAUUUUUGGGGACGAAGAUGGAACCUCACCGUAACACAUACGCUGCGUUUCACUGUAUAUAAUCCGGUGAGGUUAGUGUUGUUGAAUGUGAUUGGUAGAAAGUGGGCCCAACAUAGUGCCUCGCUGGCAACUUUUUUAGUUUCGGGAUUAAUGCAUGAGCUGAUAUUUUACUACGUUAAUAAUGGUGUGAGACCUUCCGGAGAAAUAACGGGCUUUUUUGUGUUGCACGGGCUUUGUUUAAUGGUGGAGAUUGAAGUAAAGAAGGCUUUGAAAGAUACGUUGCAGUUGCCUGGGCUUGUUUCGGGCCUGUUAACUGUUGGGUUUGUGGUGGUUACUGCAUUUGGGCUUUUUUUUCCACCAAUAAUUAGGAGUGGUGUAGAUGAAAGUAUACUUGAAGAAGUUGGGUUUUGCUUUGAUUUCCUUAAAGAUAAAAUGCUUCAAUUUGUAAUUUUUGAUAAAAUUUGUAAUUUUGGCUACUAAUAGAAAAGUUGAUUUGUGCAAUUUGGAUAAUUGUACUUUUCACUUUUGGAAUUAUAUAA